AUGGAUUCGAAAGAAAAGGCCAUAAAAGAGUUCGAAGAUGUUUUUCCGAUUCUUGCUGAAGAAUUUCUUGAUUCGAUUCAAUCUCGUUCCUUCUCUAGCGAAGCUGUCGAGUGGAUUAAAAAGAAUAUUUUUCAUAAUGUCCCCGGUGGUAAUCGAUCCAUUUCACUAUUUAAGGGCAUUGUUAUUUGGCUUGUCAGAUAUUCAAAAACCAUCGAUGGAAAAGUUACGGAGGAAGAACUCUUCAAGGCGAGAAUCCUCGGAUGGUGUGUCGAAUGGUUACAGGCUUUCUUCCUUGUUGCUGAUGAUAUUAUGGAUUCUUCGUUAACUCGACGUGGAAACAAAUGUUGGUAUAAAAUGGCAAGUGCAGGAAUAAAGAAUGAAAUUGCAUUCCAAAAAGCAAAAGAUAUAUUGCUACCAUUGGGUGAAUAUUUUCAAAUCCAGGAUGAUUAUCUUGACUGUUUUGGCCUACCAGAAAUAAUUGGAAAAAUUGGUACAGACAUUGAAGAUAACAAAUGUUCUUGGUGCAUCAACAAAGCAUUAUUGCUGGCAACUCCUGAACAAAGAAAGAUUCUAGAAGAAAACUAUGGAAGGAAGAAUCCACAAAAUGUAGCAGAAGUCAAGAAGAUUUACAAGAAACUUGAGAUAGAAAAAGAAUAUAAAGCAUACGAAGAAGAGUCAUUCGCGCACAUAAAUGGAUUAAUCUCUCAACUGGAUGAAUCUAUUCUGAAGAAGGAUGUUUUUGUGACAUUCGCAAAUAAGAUUUAUAAGAGAAACAAAUAA